AUGUCCCAUUCAUUGAAGAAGUUGGGAUCGAAAGGCUCGGAGCUUGUGUGGAAGGGGUUGAGCCUGAGUGUCAACGGGGCAGAUGGAUCAAAGAAGAUGCUUCUUAACAAGAUAUCUGGCUCUGUGGAGCCACAGUCGAUGACUGGACUGAUGGGGCCGAGCGGAGCAGGGAAGACCACGCUUAUGAACUCGCUGGCAGGAAGGUUUCUGCCAAACAUGCACCUGAGCGGAACGAUUCUUCUGAAUUCGCAUCUAAGAUCUGAGGAGACAUGGCCAAGGAUCAUUGGAUAUGUUGAGCAGGACUUCUAUGCAUAUCAGCAUCAGACUGUGUUUGAGACGCUUCUUUUUGCAUCGAAGAUAAAGAUGGGGGUCAAGGAGGUUGAUAAGAAAGUGAUUGACAGGAUAGACGAAGUGCUGGCGUUGCUGGGGCUCAAGAAUUCAAGGAAUACAUACAUCCGGAGUCUAUCUGGCGGAGAGAAGAAGAGGGUGUCGAUUGGCGUUGAGCUUCUUGGAGACCCGUCGAUAAUAUUCUGUGACGAGCCAACUAGCGGGCUAGAUUCGUUCAAUGCAGUGAAUAUUCUGAGCUUGCUGAAGGAUUUGGCAAGGAUGGGCAAGACUAUUCUUGUGACCAUCCAUCAGCCUUCGUAUGAGAUGAUAGAGUUUUUUGACAAGAUGAUUCUGAUGUCGAUGGGCAAUCUUGUGUAUGAUGGAAACGUGAAGGGAUGUGUUGACUUUUUCAGUGCGUGUGGAUAUGAUCUGCCGAGUCAAACGAAUCCAGUGGACUUUUUUCUGAACACAGUGAGCUUUGACUCGAGGAGUACGGCAGGCGAAGAGAGAAGCCUGCGAACGAUCACUCACAUAAGCCAGGAGUGGAGAAAAGCCAAGAAGGAGCCUGUUCCGAAGUACCAUGGAAAGGUUGGCUCUGGAUAUGUUCCGAUCGACACGUCGCAGAGUUUUUUCCUGUUGAUGAGCAGGAACCUGAUUGACUACACUCGGAAUGUGGACUAUUUGAAGAUCAAGGUGUUUCAGAAGGUUUUUUUCAUUGUUGUUUUUGGGCUGGCGUAUCUACAGAUAGGCUACUCUGUUGAAAGCAUAUACACGAGGCUGGGAGGGAUUACAUUUAUGCUUACAAACGCAUUGUUUGGAGUGUGUGGGCCGAUAUUCAAUGUUUUUUCGAUGGAGAAGCGGGUGAUAUCGAGAGAGAGGAAGUCCGGGAUGUACUCUGGGAUAGUUGCGUUCCUGGCGAAGUACAUUUCUGAGAUAAUACUGAACUUUAUGUUUGAGAUUCCGUACAUAACAGCGGUGUAUUGGAUGAUUGGGCUGAAUGAAAAUGCAGGACGAUUUUUUAUGUUUUUGGUGAUUGUCCUUUCGCUAACGCUGUUUUCGAUAUCGUAUGGAUUGGCCAUCAGCGCAAUGGCAUCUUCGCAGAAUGUUGCGCAGGUGCUUGGAUCGCUUGGGCUGCUUGUGUUCCUGAUAUACAGCGGUUCGUUCAAUAAUCCGAAUACAAUACCUGGAUGGCUGAGGUGGAUGGUGUGGCUGUCACCGAUGUACUAUGCAACGAAGGCGUCAUUCCAGAACCAGCUGAAUGGAGUUGUGUUUACAGGCCCGGGCGGUAUCAAGCUGAGCGGAGAAAGCCAGGUUGAUCUUCGUGGGCUUGGCGGCACGGGUAUAUGGACAUGCAUAUUUGCUCUAUGGGGGAUUUCGUUAUUCUGGACGAUUGUGGGAUCGGUUGCAUUGCACUAUAGCACAAGAAACAACAUGAAGGUGAAGAUUAGUGAUGAAAAUAGCAAUGAGGUAUAA